UCGACUUUGUUCACCUCUUAAUCAAAAAAGCUGGAACUUCAAUGGCUCUAGAGAAGACUAGAUUCGAAACCAUAACCCCAUCUCGUUUCAUCACCUUCACUUUCCCCAACCCCUCCAACUCAACCACCCUCCUCCGCGUCGCCGUCCUCGACACACCUUUUCAACUCACCGGCUCACCCCGAGUCGCCGCCAUGCUCGUCCCCAAACAACGGGAGUCCGACUGGAUCUUCUCCACCGAGUCCGGUCACCUCCAGCUCCUGCUCAGCUCUCCCGGGAUCGCCCGCCUAAUCCUCACCGGCAACCAGCCCAUCAACGGUCACCAUUCACCGGCAAUCUACCACCGUCCAGCUAGAAACGACUCGUCGUGUGAUGGCGAACUCGGGGUGAGUUUGAAACCUCUUUUCCUUGCUUUAUCUCCUAAGUCUUGCUUCAAACAUGGCACUCUUGAGAUACCCAUUUUGAGUUAUGAGGAUAAUGUGAUUUGUAGUGUGGUUUUGGAGAGGUGUGUUGGGUCUUUGGUUGGUGAAAUGGUGGUGGAAGAUGUGGAGAUUGAGAGUGGUGGUGAGGCUUCAAAGAGGGAGUUCAGGAGGCGUUUGAGGUUUAAAAGAAUGCCCAAUUUGGUUCAAACGGAGGUACGUAUUGUUCCCAACAUGGGUUUUGGUUUGGAUUAUGUGGAAAUCGGAGAAGUAGAGUUUAGGCUGGAUAAUAGUAUUUUAGUGCACCCUUAUUUGGUUCCUAUGGUGGCAAGUCUUCAGUUGAUUGCUUCUUAUAUUGAGGGUCGGAUUCGAAGUGGGUUUAGGCCGAAAGCUUUGUGUUUAGGAGUUGGGGGUGGAGCUUUGCUUGGAUUUUUAAAAGCCGAACUGGGUUUUCAGGUUGUGGGUGUGGAGGCGGACAAGGAAGUUUUAAGAAUUGCUAGGAAGUAUUUUGGACUGGAAGAUGGUGGCGGUGAGCAUAUCAAUGUUUGCGUUGGAGAUGCAAUAAAAGUUAUUGAGAAACUUGCGGGUCGAGGUAAUGGACAAACUUCGGGUUCUUUUGGUGCUCAUGAGAUAGUGGAUGAUUGUGCCGUGCUCGAUGGCAAUGACAUUGAUUCUAAAUUUGAUGUAGUGCUAGUUGAUUUAGAUUCAAGUGAUGCUGGAGAUGGUAUAAUUGCUCCGCCAUUUGAGUUUGUUAGGAACAAUGUUCUUUUGGCUGCGAGAUCAGUUCUUUGUGAUAAUGGGAUCCUUGCUAUAAAUGUUAUUCCUCCAAAUAGAUCAUUUUACACAACAUUGAUACAGGAGUUCAGAGAAGUUUUCCACGAGUUAUAUGAAAUCGAUGUUGGAAAUGGGGAAAAUUUUAUUCUUAUUGCUCUUGUGUCCCCUGUUACAUCUUCUACCAGUGAUUGCGAGGAUUGCUUCCUUAACAAACUAAGAAUGGUUAUAUCAGGAGCAUACAUGAAUUCUAUAAAGAAGAUCUGAGAUGGGGUGCAAAGAGAAGGUGGGAUGAUCAACCCCUUGGGACCCAAGCAAUGUUCUUGGGAACUCCUUAAGUGCUCCCUGGAGGAGAAUUCCAGAAUUUAGGUAAGAGGUUGAUUGGGAUAGCAUGCUGGAGAGGUGUUUUUCGGAAAUGACAAAGCGUGUGGUGGUGGCAUCGAAUGUGGAUGUGGUCCUGGCAAAGAGUUGGAUUAUGGAAAACAACGUCAACGGGAUUUGUUUUCUCCUUGUCUAGUGAUUACAAGUCUCCCAGUGUGGAAGGGUAACCAGGGAAACCCUCUGUCAUUCAAUGAGAAAACUUGGAUCGAUAGUGAUGGUACCACUUUGCAAGUUCGCUAGUUGAACCCAGUUGGAGAUCAUAAUUUGGUCAGAAGCCCUUGAACCAUUGAACUUACAUAUUGAAGCAAAGGAUAAGAGGCACACCUUCAUGCAAGGUAGAGAACUGUGAUAUUAAGACUUGGAAGAAAAUUCACUGGUUGCCUUUCUAGUUGUUAUUUAUUUGCUCAUAUCAAUUGGUGUAACUUGCAUCUUAAAAUCGAUUUCUUGCUUUUUAGAAAGUUUCUGAUGUUUCAUCCUUCCAACCCCAUUACCUCCCGACAUUAUUUCUGAUGCAGAAUGCAUAUUAUUAGUUUUCCUUA